AAAGAAGGCUCCCUUAACUUCAAGUCUUUAAUCCGGAUUUGAAGCCUGUGGCGACAAAGAAAAUCUAGCCGUCCAUCCCAUCACUAGUGUUCUACUUUUUCCAAGUCGCUCUUGCCAUGUUGGACGUCGAGCCACCAGGGGCGGGCUGACUGCUGAGGGCUGGGAGCCAUCUCGGCUGCAAUAUCUUCUCUCAGUUCCCAGUUCCACACUGUGUCCCUAUUCGCCGUGUGUGUGUGUGWGAGAGAGAGAGGUUGGUUAAAAAAGGAAUAAAACCAGGGACGCACAAAUCCAAUCCUCAUCUUCAUCAGUUUGGAAUCAUAUGCUCCUUUGCCAAAGCUCAAGCUUAACCCUAGAAUUGAGUAGCCAUUCUCGUCCCUCGGAUCGGGUUGUCUGGAAAGAAGCAUGGUCGUCCUGUUAUCAGAACCUAUUUGGCAUCCUCUUAAUAUUCUUGCAAGUUUCCACAUUGGCAAGAGAAUGCAUUGAUCAAGGGAAACCAUACACUUUAUUGAAUGGCGGAAUGUGCAACAGUAUCAUCAUAUGCCAAGUUACGACUGCAAAGAAGGGGCUUUACAGCAAGCAACUUUACACCUGGGAAUGCGCUUCCUAGAAUAAGGCAGAGAAAGAAUUGCUAUCGGAACUGGAAAAUUGUUGUUUGGCUUACAUCAAGGGAAAUCUGUGAAGUUAGUGCUCCCAUUGCAACAAUUUCAAAAGGAAGUUUCCAUCUCCGGAGGAGCUCAUCCAGGUUUUGUUGCUUGGGAACUUUAAUAAGUGAUGAGAAUCUAUCACCCUCAAAUUUGGUGUCUGUAGUGGAUCAGAUGCUUUUAAUGGCCAGCAUAGUCUUAACAUAUAUGGCUGGAGCAUUGCCCUCCGGGAGGGCUUGUUUUGGUUCUAGAAAAAACAUCUUGGACCACAAUGCAGUCCCUGCAGAUACAACCUCUUCUGGUAGUGCCACUAAUAAUGGUCAACAGGUCAACUCUGAGUAUGCUUGGGAUGCAGUGGAAAGGAAACUUAUGGGUGCCCUGAAUUCUGUUGGAAAUGCUAAUAAUUUGGAUAACACAGCUAUUGAAUGUGAAAAUUACAGCACCAAGCGUCCUUUAAGUUUGUAUGGCAUCUCUGAGGGUCCCAGGUUACGGUUGCUUUGGGCUACUUUGAAGCAACUCAAGAAAGAGGUUAGUUAUAUAUCAGGAAAUUAUGAUGUCUCCAGAAGGGAGAAUUGGUUGGAAGUUUCAUCCAAAAUUAUUCAGACGUCCUGUCUGCCAGUAUGUCUGGCAUGGCUAGAAGAGGAGCUCCAACUAGAAAACAAGAGAGCAGAGAAGGCGAUUAUUUCUCUUUUGUCUGAGAAGUUGAAAGGUGAUACAAUUUUGCAGAACAUCAAAAAGUCAGGCAAGGAGGAUCUCUAUGCAGAUUUACUGUUUUUUCUUCGAUUUGGUUUCCUUGGGGAGGGUUUCUGUUACGAAAAUAAAUUGCUUACUGGACAUGGAGUUGACAUAUUGGAAGAUUUGAUGAUUACUUUAGCAGAUGGAGUCAUAGGCAUGUAUUUAGAGCUUAUUUCCGUUGACAGUAACAUGUCUAGUGAAAUUAAUAGCUUGGAUUUGAUUUUAUGUCGUUUGUCAACCCGAGCACUUCAACGAUUACGUAAUGAGGUGGCACUGAACCAGUGGCUGCAUCAAAACAUGGAAUCAGUUGUUUCAAUGUAUGAAGAUCGCUUUGACUUGUAUAUACUUUGUGUCCAACCAACGGUGGAACCAAAGAAGAGCGAGACAAAUAAAUUUUGUUGGUGGAAGAAGCUUAUGCUUUGGAAGUCUGAACCAACAUUAUCGCCACUUUGUUAUGUUGUGAUUGGCCAGUUAUCCAUGCCUGUGAAAAGGACCAUGGAACUAAGGGCUUUGACUGGGUGGAGGUACUAUUUCAGCCUAUUUCUUGAGUUCUCUGAUAUUGCGAUGCCCUUGGUUAGAGCCGUUAUUGCGAAGAUUAGCAAUGCAAUCUCCUUCUUUCUCGUAUGCUUGAUUGGAAGGUCCUUAGGACUUAUUUACACUGGAAUAAGACAAUCACUUGGGUGGAGAUGAGAUAUAAUGUCCUGGUUCAUUGGAUUUUCUUAUAUAUUUUCAUUCUAUCUUUUUUUUUGGGUACUUCCUUUUUUGCAUUGAUCAAUUUAAAGAACAUGGCAUGUAAUGUUGUCAUGACGAGUUUUCAUCUAAAAUUUGAUUUUUCAUUGUA